UAUCUUUGCAAUGAGCCGAACAGAGCGCCCAAAAUGACAUCUGACUCGCACGAUUACCCUAUUCACGCGAUGGAAGCACUCUCUAUCACGUAACACCAUAACCCUCCUUGCCACAGUCCACGACAUUACCACCAUGGCCAUACCUUCGUCUGCGCCCCGGUACGCAUUGACAAGAGCGGUGGUGGUUUCUUUCUUCCUUUUAUUUAUUUCAUUCACCCUCCUAUCUUCCUAUCACCCACCCUUCAAGGCUACUUUAUCAAAAUUCUCCCCUUUCAUCACCUCACAAACGCCUCAUCCCCCAUACACCGUUGCUAUCAUUUAUCUUGUUCGGUUAUCUCACGCAGACGAGCUACUGGGAUCGUUGGCAUCUGUAAAUGUGUAUCUGCCGCUCCGCGAUCCAUGGCCCAUCAUCCUCUUUCACACUGGAGAUUUCGACGAUACACCUGUUCAGGAUGACUUUCUGGCCAGCCUUCGCGAGAAAAUUGGAGGACAGUCCAACCGCUCGCAAAGGGAUUUUAGUGAUCGAGUAGAAUUCGUUAAGCUUGAUUGGGUGCUUCCAGAGGGGAUACCGCAUACCAAGGAGGAACUCGAUCCGGUUUCUCCAAGCUCAUGGCCUGGAUAUCAUCACAUGUGUGCGUUCUACUCGACAAAAAUAUUUUUCAAUCCACGCUUACAAGACGUCACGUACUACCUACGUAUGGAUACCGAUUCUCUCUUCCUUGAACCACUCUGCUACGAUCCCUUCGAGGUCAUGCACGCUCGCCAACGCUCGUAUGGAUACCUUGGGAUUGGGAAUGACGCACCUGUAGUGACCAAGGGACUGUGGCGUUUCAUACGCGAUUACGCCGAUUCACAUCCUGAAGUCGAAUCACAGUUGAACGCUAGCAAAACAUGGAAAUGGCCUACCGGUGACGUCGAUCUGGACGACGUGCCGGUAUCUGGCUAUUACAACAAUUUCGAAAUUGUGAAGCUGGAGGAGUUUAGAAAGCCAGAGGUAAAGGAAUGGUUCUAUCAUCUCGUUCAGUACCCAGAGGGAUUUUACAAAUGGCGUUGGGGUGAUGCACCGCUUCGGUGGGUGACUACACAAAUGUUUUUCGACAUGGACCGUGAAACAGAAAGGCUUUGCGGGAUACGCUACUACCAUCCAUAUAACUAUUUAGAACAGUGCGAAUGUGUUCCGCUACACCCGUAGAAUUAUGGACGACGGCGACGUCUUGGCAAUUUGGACAGCAUUUUUGGACACAAUGUAUAAUUUAUCCAUUUUUUUG